ACCCCAAAGUGAAGUCAGUCUGGUUUGGCGCGUUUCCCCUUUCCUCUCCCUCUUCUGCAACGACGCCCUCCUGAAGUGGCCCUUCAACCAGAAGGUAGGCCAAACCGGAGUCACUCCGGUUUCGGAGCUUCCCCCCCCCAUUCAUAACAAAAAAACACCAAAGUGGAGUCAAUCCGGUUUGCUGCCUUUCCCCUUUCCUCUCCCUCUUCUCCAACGACGCGCUCCUGAAGUGGACCUUCAACCAGACAGUAGGCCAUUCGGCGCGCCAAACCGGAGUCACUCUGGAUUUGGAACUUUUCCCCGGGUUUAUAACAAAAAAACAACAACAAACUGGAGUCAUUCCAGUUUGCUGCGUUUCCCCUUUCCUCUCCCUCUUCUUCAUCCUCCUGAAGUGGCCCUUCAACCAGAAGGUAGGCCAAACCGGAGUCACUCCGCUUUCGCACCAUUUCCCCCAUUUUUCCCGGGUUUAAAACAAAAAAACCCCAAACUGGAGUCAAUCCGGUUUGGCGUGUUGCCCCUCUCCUCUCCCUCUUCUCCAACGACGCGCUCCUGAAGUGGCCCUUCGACCAGAAGGUAGGCCAAACCGGAGUCACUCCGGUUUCGGAGCUUCCCCCCCAUUUAUAACAAAAAAACUGCAAAGUGCAGUCAAUCCGGUUUGGUGCGUGUCACCGUUCCGGGGAAAGUGGAGUCAGUCUGAAGGCCCAAAGUGGAGUCAGUCUGGAGCCCCAAAGCGGAGUCAGUCUGGAGCCCCAAAGUGGAGUCAGUCUGGAGUCACUCCGGUUUCGGAGCUUUUGUCCACAUUUAUAACAAAAAAACUGCAAAGUGGAGUCAAUCCGGUUUGGCGUGUUGCCCCUUUCCUCUCCCUCUUCUCCAACGACGCCCUGCUGAAGUGGCCCUUCAACCAGAAGGUAAGCCAAUCCGGAGUCACUCAGGUUUUGCACGUUUUCCCCCGGUUUAUAAGCAAAAAAACCCCAAAGUGGAGUCAGUCUGGUUUGCUGCCUUUCCCCUUUCCUCUCCCUCUUCUCCAACGACGCCCUCCUGAAGUGGCCCUUCGACCAGAAGGUAGGCCAAACAGGAGUCACUCCGGUUUCGCUCCAUUUUCCCCGGAAUUAAAACAAAAAAACUGCAAAGUGGAGUCAAUCCGGUUUGGCGUGUUGCCCCUUUCCUCUCCCUCUUCUCCAACGACGCCCUGCUGAAGUGGCCCUUCAACCAGAAGGUAGGCCAAACCGGAGUCACUCCGGUUUCGGAGCUUCCCCCCCCAUUUAUAACAAAAAAACACCAAAGUGGAGUCAAUCCGGUUUGGCGUGUUGCCCCUUUCCUCUCCCUCUUCUCCAACGGCGCGCUCCUGAAGUGGCCCUUCAACCAGAAGGUAGGCCAAACCGGAGUCACUCCGGUUUCGGAGCUUUCCCCCCAUUUAUAACCAAAAAACUGCAAAGUGGAGUCAAUCCGGUUUGGUGCGUGUCACCGUUCCGGGGAAAGUGGAGUCAGUCUGAAGGCCCAAAGUGGAGUCAGUCUGGAGCCCCAAAGCGGAGUCAGUCUGAAGCCCCAAAGUGGAGUCAGUCUGGAGUCACUCCGGUUUCGGAGCUUUUGUCCCCAUUUAUAACAAAAAAGCACCAAAGCGGAGUCAAUCCGGUUUGCCGUGUUGCCCCUUUCCUCUCCCUCUUCUCCAACGACGCCCUCCUGAAUGUGGCCCUUCUACCAGAAGGUAGGCCAAACCGGAGUCACUCCGGUUUCACACCACUUCCCCCAUUUUUCCCGGGUUUAAAACAAAAAAACCCCAAACUGGAGUCAAUCCGGUUUCACCCCAUUUCCCCCAUUUAUAACCAAAAAACUGCCAAGUGGAGUCAAUCCGGUUUGGCGCCUUUCCCCUUUGCGGGGAACGAAGCCCGAAUGUGGAGUCAUUUGGAAGGCCCAGUCUGGAGCCCUAAAGUGGAGUCAGUCUGGAGUCACUCCGGUUUCGGACCUUUUUCCCGGAUUUCAAGCAAAAAAAACCCAAACUGGAGUCAAUCCGGUUUGGCGCGUCUCCCCUUUCCGGGAAACGAAGUCUGAAUGGCCUUUCAACCAGGCGGUAGGCCAUUUGGCGCGCCAAACCGGAGUCACUCCGGAUUCGGAACUUUUUUCCGGGUUUAGAACAAAAAAAAACAACAAACUGGAGUCAAUCCAGUUUGCUGCGUUUCCCCUUUCCUCUCCCUCUUCUUCAUCCUCCUGAAGUGGCCCUUUAACCAGAAGGUAGGCCAAACCAGAGUCACUCCGGUUUCGCUCCAUUUUCCCCAUUUUCCCCGGAAUUAAAACCAAAAAAACCCCAAACUGGAGUCAAUCCGGUUUGGCGUGUUGCCCCUUUCCUCUCCCUCUUCUCCAACGACGCGCUCCUGAAGUGGCCCUUCAACCAGAAGGUAGGCCAAACCGGAGUCACUCCGGAUUCGGAGCUUUUUCCCGGGUUUAUAACAAAAAAACCCCAAACUGGAGUCAAUCCGCUUUGCCGCGUUUCCCCUUUCUUCUCCCUCUUCUUCGUCCUCUUCAUUCAGAAGGCCCAGUCUGGAGCCCCAAAGUGGAGUCAGUCUGGAGUCACUCCAGUUUCGGAGCUUUUCACCGGAUUUAUAACAAAAAAAGCCCAAACUGGAGUCAAUCCAGUUUGGCGUGUCUCCCCUUUCUGGGAAAUGAAGGCCCAAAGGGGAGUCAGUCGGAAGGCUCAGUCUGGAGCCCCAAAGUGGAGUCAGUCUGGAGUCACUCCGGAUUCGGACCUUUCCCCCGGAUUUAUAAGCAAAAAACCCCAAACUGGAGUCAAUCCGGUUUGGUGCAUUUUCCUUCUCUGGGAAACGAAGGCCCAAAGGGGAGUCAGUCGGAAGGCCCAAAAUGGAGUCAGUCUGAAGCCCCAAAGUGGAGUCAGUCUGGAGCCCCAAACCGGAGUCACCCCGCUUUUGGAGCAUUUCCCCCGUUUUUCGCGGAUUUCAAACAAAAAAAAACUAAACUGUAUUGAAUCCGGUUUGAAUCCAAAGUGGAGUCAGUCUGAAGCCCCUAGUGGAGUCAGUCUGGAGCCCCAAAGUGGAGUCAGUCUGGAGUCACUCCGGUUUCGGAGCUUUUUCCAGGAUUUAUAACCAAAAAUUCCCAAACUGGAGUCAAUCCGGUUUGCCGCGUUUCCGCUUUCCCUCUUCUUCGUCCUCAUGAAGGGGCCCAACGAUGUGCUUCUGAAGUGGCCCUUCAACCAGAAGGUAGGCCAAACCGGAGUCACUCUGGUUUCGCUCCAUUUCCCCCAUUUUUCCCGGAUUUAAAACAAAAAAAGCUGCUCUAAAAUAAACCGCGAAAGCGGAGUCAAUUUGCUUUCCCCACACACCGCUCCGAAACGAACCCCGAAAGCGGAGCCCGUUUCGUUUCUGUUUCCUCUGCCCCCCCCCCCCGAUCUGAUUCAGACCCCUACCCCCCGAAACUGGUCUGACUCCGGUUUCUCCCCAGGUCACCCUGAUGCUGUUGGACCAGGACCACCAGGAGCGGAGUCCAUUUGUUUUCCUGGAAACCCCCAAAGUGGAGUGACUCCACCUUCCAUUUCCUAUUAAGCUGAUCUAAAACCUUUGAAAGUGGAGUCAAUCCGCUUUCCAUUUCCCCGAACGCUGCUCUGAAAGUGGAGUGAAUCUGCUUUCCGUUCCCUAGAAAGCUGAUCUAAAAUCCUGAAACUGGAGUGAAUCCGCUUUCCCUUUCCUAGAAAGCUGCUCUAAAAUAAAUCCUGAAACUGGAGUGAAUCCACUUUCCAUUCCCUAGAACACCGCUCCGAAACGAACCCCGAAAGCGGAGUCCGUUCGUUUUCCUGGAAACCUCCAAACCGCAGUGAAUCCGCUUUAUGUUUCCUAGAAAGCUGAUCUCCGUUAAGCCCUGAAACUGGAGUGAAUCUGCUUUCCUAGAAAGCUGAUCUCCGAUAAGCCCUAAAAGUGGAGUGAAUCCGCUUUCCGUUUCAUAGAAAGCUGACCUAAAAUAAAUCUUGAAACUGGAGUGAAUCCGCUUUCCGUUCCCCUGCACGCCGCUCUGAAACGAACCUCGAAAAUGGAGUCCAUUUGUUUUCCUGAAAAGCCCAAAAGUGGAGUGACUCCACUUUCCAUUUCCUAUUAGCUGAUCCAAAACCUUUGAAACUGGAGUGAAUCCGCUUUCUGUUUCCUCCAAAGCUGAUCUCCUAUAAGCCCUGAAAGUGAAGUGAAUCCACUUUCCAUUCCCCAAAAGCAGAGUCCGUUUCUUUUCCUGGAAACCCCCAAACCGCAGCGAACCCCCUUUCCGUUUCCUCCGCCCCCGAUCUGAAACUGGUCUGACUCCGGUUUCUCCCCAGGUCACCCUGAUGCUGCAGGACCAGGUACACCAGGAGCGGAGUCUAUUUGUUUUCCUGGAAACCCCCAAACUGGAGCAAAUCCACUUUACGUUUCCUAGAACGCUGCUCUAAAAUAAGUCCUGAAACUGGAGUGAAUCUGCUUUCCUAGAAACCUGAUCUCCGACAAGCCCUGAAAGUGGAGUGAAUCCGCUGUUUCCUACAAAGCUGAUCUAAAACCUUUGAAAGUGGAGUGAAUCUGCUUUCAGUUGCCUAGAAACCUGCUCUGUGAUAAGCCCUGAAACUGGAGUGAAUCCACUUUCCAUUCCCCGAAAGCGGAGUCCAUUUGUUUAAAUGUUUAUCUGUUUAAAUGUUUCCUAGAACGCUGCUCUCAAAUAAACCCCGAAAGCGGAGUCAAUUUGCUUUCCCUGAACGCCGAUUUCAAAACUAACCCCCAAAGUGGAGCGAUUCUGCUUUCUGUUUCUGUUUUUUUUUUUUGAGGUUUCCUCCAAUAAGCCCUGAAACUGGAGUGAAUCCGCUUUCCGUUUCCUAGACCCCUGAUCUGAAAUAGGCCCCCAAAAGCGGAGUCUGUUUGUUCCCCCCAACUGGUCUGACUCUGGUUUGACUCCUCCCAGGUCACCUUCCAUUUCCUAUUAAGCUGAUCUAAAACCUUUGAAAGUGGAGUCAAUCCGCUUUCCGUUCUCCCGAACGCUGCUCUGAAAGUGGAGAGAAUCUGCUUUCUCUUUCCUACAAAGCUGAUCUCCGAUAAGCCCUGAAAGUGGAGUGACUCCACCUUCCAUUUCCUAUUAAGCUGAUCUAAAACCUUUGAAAGUGGAGUCAAUCCGCUUUCCGUUCCCCCGAACGCUGCUCUGAAAGUGGAGAGAAUCUGCUUUCUCUUUCCUACAAAGCUGAUCUCCGAUAAGCCCUGAAAGUGGAGUCAAUCCGCUUUCCGUUCCCCCGAAUGGUGGCCCGAAAGCGGAGCCCGUUUCCUAGACCCCCCCGAUCCGAAACUGGUCUGACUCCGGUUUUCCCCCCAGGUCACCCUGAUGCUCCUGGACCAGGACCACCGGGAGCAUGUGAUCGACGCCUUCCGUCCGGACGUAACCUCCUCCUCUUUCCAGCGUCCAAUCGGCGAGCUGAACGUCGCCAGCGGCUGCCCCCUUUUCUGCCCCCUUUCCAAGAUGGCCGCCCGGGACUCCUACAUCCGGGACGACACCCUCUUCAUCAAGGCCAUCGUCGACCUAACCGGACUCUGAAUCGGCGCGUCUACAUGGGGGGCGGCUACUCCGCUUUCGCUCCCGCUCCUGGUUCCCGGUGGAGUCAGUCGGAAAGUGGAGUCAGUCUGGAGUCCCUCCGGUUUUGCCCCAUUUCCCCCAUUUUUCCCACCAAAAAAACUCAAUCCGGACUCUGAAUCCGGUGGCGCAUCUACAUGGGGGGCAGCUACUCCGCUUUCGCUCCCGAUCCUGGACCUGAGUGCGAGAGCUUCUGGGAAAAGGUUUGGGUGGAGUCACUCCACUUUUGCCCCGUUUUUCCUGGAUUUCAAACCAAAAAACCCCAAACUGUACUCAAUCCGGUUUGCCGCGUUUCCACUUUCCAGGAAAUGAAGCCCCAAAGUGGAGUGAGUCUGGAGCCCCAAAGUGGAGUCAGUCCGGUUUGCUGCGUUUCCCCUUUCUGGGAAACGAAGCCCGAAAGUGGAGUCAGUCUGAAGGCCCAAAGUGGAGUCAGUCUGAAACCCCAAAGCGGAGUCAAAGUGGAGUCAAUCUGAAGCCCCAAAGCGGAGUCAGUGUGGAGCCCCAAAGCGGAGUCAGUCUGAAGUCACUCCGGUUUCGCCAGCAGCUGCCCCCUUUUCUGCCCCCUUUCCAAGAUGGCCGCCCGGGACUCCUAUGUCCAGGACGACACCCUUUUCAUCAAGGCCAUCGUCGACCUAACCGGACUCUGAAUUGGCGUGUCUACACCGGGGGCGGCUACUCCACUUCUGAUCCCGAUUCCUGGUGAAGCCCCAAAGUGGAGUCAGUCUGUAGCCCCAAACUGGACUCAGUCUGGUUUGCUGCGUUUCCCCUUUCUGGGAAACGAAGCCCCCAAGUGGAGUCAGUCUGGAGCCCCAAAGUGGAGUCAGUCUGGAGUCACUCCGCUUUCGCCCCAUUUCCCCCGUUUUGCCAACAACAAAAACCCAAACUGGACUCUGAAUCCGGACUCUGAAUCGGCGCGUCUACACGGGGGGCGGCUACUCCGCUUCCGAUCCCGGUUCCCGGUGAAGCCCCAAAGUGGAGUCAGUCUGGAGCCCCAAACUGGACUCAGUCUGGUUUGCUGCAUUUCCCCUUUCCGGGAAAGGAAGGCCCAAAGUGGAGCCAGUCUGAAGCCCCAAACCGGAGUCACUCCGCUUUUGGAGCAUUUGCCUGAUUUUCCCGGAUUUCAAACAAAAAAAACCCCAAACUGGAGUCAAUCCGGUUUGACGCGUUUCCCCUUUCCGGGAAACGAAGCCCCAAAGCGGAGUCAGUCUGGAGUCACUCCGGUUUUGCCCCAUUUCCCCCGUUUUUCCAACAAAAAACCCACAAACUGGAG